AUGCAAGGCACAAACCUUGCGGCUAGAAAGACAAUACAGAAAAAUGUGCAGGAAAAUUCAGGUGAUAACCAGGUUAAACAGCCAACGAAAAAUGUGUACGACAAUUCAGGUGAAAUUCAAUCUACUACAGAAGUGCCUAAAUUAUCUAGUAAAGGGGCGGAGGUUACAACUAUUGAGACGCCGGUACCAGGGAAAGAAUUUCCCUUGAACAACGAGAUUCUAGUUGGGACACAAAAAAAUAAAGAGAUUUCCCAGAAAGAUCCUAUCAAUCUGUCUAGUGAGGAUAAGGAGCUUUCGAUUAAGGAGGACGAUAAGGAUGAGGUUGAUGCUGAUAGGAUGUUAAAAAAAGCUAGGCUAUUGAACUUUGGAAGCACUGCUGGGAUUGUACCAAGCUCGCCAACUCGCAGCACAGACCUUGCUUCCCCCCAAUCUAUGCUCCAUAACCGUUCAUGGCAUGCGGUUCUUACUCAUUGCCUGCACCAAUUUAAUGGUUCCUCGCAGUUUCACCAACUUGCACUUUUGAUUUCGGCACUGAUUGCUUGGGAGAUUUGGCUUGCUCGCAACGAGAUGACAAUAUCAAAGCAAUCAUCUUCGAUAUGUUUACGGCAGGAACUGAAACUUCAUCGACAACAUUCGAUUGGGCAAUGA